CCUGCUGUUCUCUAAAGAGUUUGAAAGAAUGCCUCUCACCAAGCUGAAAAUCAAGAAGGCUCGAGCAGAAACAAGUAGACCAGAUGCCAGUGCUGUUGCUGCACAGGAAAGGGAGACUGACAGGAAAGAGUUGGUCAUGAAGAGACUCAGAAAAGCAAAAGACCUCGAACUCUCCCCACAACAACAAGAAGAAAUGGCCGUGACACUGUGCAACGAAACGAGAAUGAAAGAGACAUACUUCAGACAUCUUUCACAGUGUACUCAGGAUGCAGUUGAGGAGGUAAGGAGGGAGAAAACGUUUCACAGGGGAGGAAUCAGGAACACACAAGAGCAGAACACCUGCAUGAACACCAUCCAUAAAGAAGUGUAUCGAGUCAAAGCUCUUGAGGUAAAGUUAGCAUUCCGCACCCUCAGAACCGAGAAAUGGCAGCGUGUAGCCGAGCUAAUCCACAGACACGUCAAGACCUUCGAGUAUGGGGCGUUUCAUGCUGCAAUCAUCAUCGGAGACACUGUGCUUGAGUGGAACGACUCGAGCCUGGUCAUUCCAGACGUUUUUCGGAAACAGAAUGGGCAUUUUGGAGCACGGUCCACACGCAUGACAGAGAAAGAAUGAGCCCGGUACCAGUUAGAGCAAACGACCAAGAAACGAACAAACACUUUGAGUGUAUCAUUGAAAAGAUUGAGGGUAUUCGACAAGAAAAAGAGCUCCUCAUUCAAGCGCUAGUAGAGAUGGCCGUUUGCUAUAACACCAAGCUCCACUAUGGCGUCAUCAGCAACAACUGCCAGCACUUUGUCAAGGACUGCCUCGGUGUCAUCGGAAAAAGUGGGGAUGAAAAGCAAUUUGAAGGGAAAGUGGGAGAACUUGUCGACCUUCUUAUCAAGGGAGGAGCUCAGAACACUGUGCCUGGUGAUUUUGCAACACAUGAAGAGCUCAAUUCCCACGUUAUGGCAAACCUGGAGCAGAUGACGGAAGCAGAUAUGGAGUAUUGCCUCUGUCUCUACCACCUCUUCCAUGCAUUCAAGGAAAAAGAAAGUGAAUGUUCAGACAGAACAUGCCAAGAAAAGAACCUCGAGGAAGCUCUUGAAAGAAA